AGUAAACGAGCGAACAUCAACUGGCUUACCAGGCGAGCCAGGGUACAGAAGAGACUUAUGUCAACACACGCUAGGCUUAUGAGGCUUCGCUUGAUCUCAUUGGAUCUCCAGCGUUGACCCGUCUCAAUUUGCUUGCUCCGACCAGGAUUCCACCAAUCAGUGAACAAAUCUCCGCAUUAACUAUCGCUCGACUUUGAGCAAUCCAACAUGACUGAGACAGUCAUCCAAAAUGGAUCAGUUCAAGGGGGCCAGCAGAAGAAGCGAGUUCUCACAGAUGCCAGGAAAACACAGAAUAGAUUAGCUCAGAGAGCAUACCGUAAGCCACAUUUCUGACGAUCAACGAUGCUUCCGAGAUAGAGCUCAAACUACAUAUUUAGGGCAGAGGCAGAAAGAAAUAUCAAGGAGCUCGCAAGGCACAAAAGCUCUACCGCAUAGACUGCAUGAACUUCGGCCUCGUCAGCCUCGUCAACCUGAUGAGAUAGACGAACUAGACGUCAGGGCAGAGGUACCGAACAGACUCAGCUGCCCCCCUGUAACUGGCUCUACUCAAGACCACGUACAAAGUACUGCCGAAUCUCAAGCCAGCACAUAUGCAGAUGGUGAUCCAAUAGUACAUCUACAGGAAGCAACGGGCUCUGGAUCAAUGCUAUGGUCUGACCUACCGACCCAGACUCUCAAUUCGGAUGAAGUCUACGAAGCUACCUUGUCCACAGCCAGGUUCAUCGCCGAUACUGAUUCGACAAUCGUUAGGACCCCAGUAUUUGGAUAUAUGGGGAUUCCAUUUGCGGAUUUCGGAGAUUACAGCAACAUUGAACUUGCUGCUGCUCCAUCGGCGGCGGACUUGUCAGGUCGAUCCUUAGCUUAUGACGAUUCUAUGACCCCGCUUGACUCUAUUGCUCAGUCAAUACCAACAUCUUCUUUCCAAGAUGAGAACACCCAGAAUGCUUUGACGGGAGAAUUCUCCAUGCCAGUUUCGUCAACAUCCUCCAACUCAUCCCUAGACUCUUCGACAUCUCACAACUAUACGACCAGUUCCUCUACUUUCGAGGAACUCCCAACCCAAGAUCCCACCACCCAACCCACCAUAUCGACCAACCCCUCCCCCGAUCAACACAACCUCGCCACCCUCACCCUCUAUCACUCCCCCUCCUCCUCGUUCUCUCACUCACUCCCCCACCCCCUCUCCACGCCCACAAUCCCCUUCCCCUCCCCCUACCUCAACCUCCUAACCCCCUACCAAACCGGCAUAAUCUCCGCCUUCAUCACCAACGCCCGCGUCCUUUCCAUCGCGCGACACGAACUCCUCACCAACUCCCCAGUCUCACCCUUCUACCGACCAACCAACACAUCCACAUCAACAACCGCAUUGAUGGCUUCGCUACCAACGCACUAUCCGCCGCAUUUGAGGCCCACGCUGCCGCAGGUGUUGUUUAGACAUCAUGCUUAUUUGGAUCUCUUGCCGUUUGAGAGGUUGAGGGAGAGGGCGAUUGCUUGGGCCAACACGAAUCCUAGACUUUUCGACCCAAGAGAAUUGAAGAUGGAUAUCGUGAUGGGUGGGCUGGUGUGUAAAAGGGAUGAGUAUGCUGGUGGAGGGGGCCAGCCGUGGGAUGCGAGGAGUUGGACGGUGGCGGGGUGGUUUAGGGUUAAGUGGAGGUUGUUGCUUUGUUGAUCUUGAGCGGAAGGUGAGGUUCGGGAAAGAUGGGGAGGGAAAAUGAGUGUUGGAGACGGAGAAUGGGUGGAUAUCUUGAUGAUAGGGCCAAGUAAGGAGUUGUCGAUUGGCUGAUAGGUGACGGACCAGCUUGGAUGUUUACCGAGCUGAGAUGAAGGAAGCGUGAAUAGGAUAGACGAGGUAAACAAACAAAAGCCAAUACUGUGCUCUAAACCGAUUUGGUACAGUUCAAU